CCUCGCUCGUGCGAUUCCACAAAUUCACGUCAGAUAAAUUAUCUGGUUAAUUUACAUAUAACACCGCCCAGAGUGGGGACGAACAUGAUAAUUCAUUGAUUCUGGGCUGUCUCUGAAGUAGGAGACAAAAAACAGCUGGGAAAGUUUGGGAGAGAGAGUGUGUGUGUGACAAACCUAGCCAAGUGCUUCGAGAGACAAGAACCGAAGCUUGUUGGGCUCUUUGCCCCAAUUUUGGAUUACGAUAUGGACGCUUUGAAGUCGGCUGGAAGGGCAAUAAUUCGGAGCCCCAGUCUCGCUAAACAGUCAUGGGGUGUAGGCAGACAUAAAAAGCUGCCAGAGAACUGGACAGACACGCGGGAGACCCUGCUGGAGGGCAUGGUGUUCCAGCUCAAGUACCUGGGCGUCACGCUGGUGGAGCAGCCCAAAGGAGAGGAGCUCUCCGCAGCCGCUGUCAAGAGGAUUGUGGCCACGGCCAAAGCCAGCGGCAAGAAACUCCAGAAAGUGACAUUAAAAGUGUCCCCUCGAGGAAUCAUCCUCUAUGACUAUGCCUCUAACCAGCUGAUCGAGAACAUCUCCAUUUACAGGAUAUCCUACUGCACAGCAGACAAGAUGCACGACAAAGUGUUUGCCUACAUCGCCCAGAGCCAACAAAACGAAACCCUUGAGUGCCACGCCUACCUCUGCACCAAGAGGAAAGUGGCCCAGGCAGUAACGUUAACAGUGGCCCAAGCCUUCAGAGUGGCGUUUGAGUUCUGGCAGGCCGCCAAAGAAGACAAGGAGAAGCGCGUGAAGUCUGGGUCGGAUGGGGAAGGAGCCAGUAGUAGCCAGUCAGAGAGCUUGGCCAGCCUGGGCAGUCUGAAGGGAGGAGAAGUGGCCACAGGGAACCUUCUAGACUUGGCAGAGGGGGCGAACAUGGCGCUGGUCCACUUGGGGACAAAGGAGAGCGAGCCGGACCCCUUCAUGGUGUGCAACCACUCCACAGAGAACAACAAUACUGUAUGGGAGCUUGAGGAUGGUCUGGAUGAAGCGUUCUCAAGCCGCAGUCUGGAUAGCUUUGAAUCAUACUCAGACUCGCUGAGUCUCGCACUAACCCCCAGGUCCUGGACAUUGGGGUAAACCCUCAGGACUUCAACACUGAAGAGUGCCUGUCCCCAACUAACUGGGACAAAAUGGACGCAGACAACGCUGAAAAAGACGAUAUGUUUGGGUUCUAAGGGUGGAGCCACUGCGGAAGCAAGGCGUUGAGGGAGGGAGAGAAAGAUGGAGAGUGAUUUGGGUGAAAGCAAUAGAGAGGCAGUGACUGUGGGAUGUAUGGGCCCCGUGUAGCUCAGUUGGUAGAGCAUGGCGCUUGCAACACCAGGGUUGUUGGUUUGAUUCCCACGGGGGGCCAGUAUGAAAAAUAAAAAUAAUUAUGCACUCACUAACUGUAAGUUGCUCUGGAUAAGAGCGUCUGCUAAAAUGACUAAAAUGUAAAAAAAAAAAAAUGUUUGUGAAAGAAUAGUAGUGCCGUGGAGUUUGUACAUGAUUCUCCCUGAAAGUCCACUCAAUGGCGCCAUCUUGAGUGAUGUGACUGUUGGUGCGUCUAACUGACCAAUCACGUGAGACCUACCUGAGCGGAGAGCCUCUAGAACUCAUACCAAAGCAAUAUAACCAUUUGUUUCUUUUAAUUAAAUGUUAAACAUGCAGUCAUCUGGUGUUUGUUACAUUCAACAGCGCAUGAAUUUUUUAUUUUUCUAUUUGCCCACUGUAUAUGUAUCUACUGGUAUGUUUGUACUGUGUGUGUGUGUGUGUAUACCAAAUUUAAGUAUGUAUCUACCGUAUACAUAAGUUGAUCGAAAUGGAGCUAUAAUUUAUCACUUGUUGAGCAUUUGGUGAAGGCGCAGUUAAGCGUUAGAGGCAGAAAAUAAUAGAUAAAACAGGUUAACACAUCUAUGGUCAGUGUUUGAUGUGGAGUCGGGGCUAAUGCCAUGUUUGUUAUGUUCCCUAUGUUAAUGUACCUGUGGAUGGAGGGGAAACUUCACUGGUGAUGGAUUGAAAGCCACCAGCUGAACUCCAGCCAUGAUGCCAAAUAUAAGAAUAAAGAGUGCGGGUGACUAUCACCACCUCUGUGCUCUAAUAAUUGGGCAAACAGGCUUGAUCAAAAUUGACUUGCAUAUAUAAUGUGUGGGUUAUAUGUAUGUUUGUGUGUGUAUAAAGAUGACAAUCUUAUUUUUAUUCUAUUGCGAGAUCUAUUUUUGCACUCUACUCAUCCCUCUCCAAAGCACAUACUUUCAUGUCAGGGAUUGUUAUAACAUCAAACUCAUACAUAUACCACUAAUGUUGUCUAUGACCAUGUUUGUGCUUAUAAAGAUUUUGAUAGUUUACUCAUCAGUUUGGCCAUUUAAUUUUGGGGUAUGAGGGUUUGAGUUGAGGUCAAGUCUCAGUGUUAAUGUCCCUGACAUUUUUCUUACAGUUUGAAAUGUAUUUAAAUCAUUUCUGGUAUUAUGUUACUCCCAUUGAAUUCAAUAAAAUGUAUGUAUCAAUGUGA